GCUAUGGCAUUCACAGGGAAAUACCAGCUGGAGUCUCACGAGAACUUCGUGCCUUUUAUGAAGGCGAUCGGUCUCUCCGAUGAGCUGAUCGAGAAGGGCAAAGACAUCAAGAGUGUUUCAGAGAUCGAACAGAACGGCGACCACUUCAAGGUGACCGUGACAACGGGGACCAAGGUCCUGGUGAACACCUUCACGUUGGGGCAGGAGAGUGAGCUCGAGACGCUCACAGGGGAGAAAGUCAAGUCUGUAGUUACAAUGGAAGGUAACAAGCUGAAGGUUUCGCUGAAAGGCAUUGAGUCGGUCACAGAGCUGGUGGAUGGCAACACCAUUGUCAAUACCAUGACUGUUGGGGGUAUUGUUUACAAGAGGAUCAGCAAGCGGAUAUAGAGAUUGGCCGAGUUUGGUUUAAUAAAUGUCUGAACGACAAGUGUCC